CAUCGCGACCAUAGCGACCAUCGAAUACAUACAACAAACCCCGCCAGCUAUUUGACAACAGAUCAGGAUCACAGAAGUGCACUUCAAUCCCUGCGCCCUCAUCAGGGUGCGGAAUACAUAAUCGAACAAGCAAUUCGCGGCUCAUUAUCUACCACCGGACUUGCCCGAAAGCAGCCUUUGCCACACCACUCACUCAUACCGCCAACCGUAUCGAUCGACGUCCGACCAAGAUGAUGAACGAUGUACAAAAACGCGUACUGGCCCUGGCCACACUGUGUAUGGCGGCGACGGUAGUCGCACUCGUUCUACCUGGUCCUCGUCAUGUUGGGUCUUCCGUCCAUGAACUCCGAGCAUGGACCAAGCCGGCUCUCAACACGCCAGGCUCACCUUCCAAUGAACAUGCCUUCCGUCCCAUACUCGCUCAUGCGGCCCACCCACAAUCCCGCAAGAUCUUGCUGCACAACCAACCCGACUCUGUUCGACCCUUCUUCGACGUCCACGCGACCGACCUCGACCCCUCGACCGCCUUGCUCAUGUCCACCUCCCCCGCUCCCCUCACUUUGCAAUCGACAACGAAGACCCUCAUCCGUCCAAAGAACAAGAUCACCUCCCUCAACCUGACCCGUUCUGACAGGAUGGUUUUCAACAGGGGGAUCGAGUGGGAAGACGUCGAGGUGGAAGUCCCCGAUGUCACGGAUAGGGAGACGUUAAGGACGCUGGCCAAGAUGGCUAGUAAUGCAUACGUCACGCCUGAGAGUUCAGAAUGGUGGGGGUUGGACGAGUGGAAUAGCUCGAUCCCGUUUGGCUGGGAAAAGGACGCCGACGGACUCCGAGGCCACGUAUUCGCCAACGAUGACAAUUCGACGGUGGUCAUCUCCAUCAAAGGGACCUCGGCCGGUCUGCUUGGAGGCGGUGGGAAUACGGCCAAGAACGACAAGUUCAACGACAAUCUCCUCUUCUCCUGUUGUUGUGCCAGGGUCGAUUUCACCUGGUCGACCGUCUGCGACUGUUAUGCAGGGGGCUACAAGUGCGAAAAGACGUGCUUGGAGAACGCCGUCAUCGGGGACAGCGUGUAUACGACGGUUGGGACGAACCUUUACAACAACAUCUCGAACAUCUUCCCGGACGCUAACAUCUGGAUUGUAGGGCACUCUCUCGGUGGCUCCUUGGCCUCGCUCAUCGGCCUCUCUUUCGGAGUUCCCGUCGUCACUUUCGAAGCCCCUGGGGACAGAAUGGCGGCAUCGAGGUUACACUUGCCCAUGCCACCGGGAAUGCCGAUGGAGAAGAUGGGGAUCACGCAUGUCUAUAAUACGGCGGAUCCGAUCCCGAAUGGGCAAUGCGUCGGGCCUUAUAGUGGUUGCUAUGCUGCUGGAUUUGCCAUGGAAGCUCGAUGUCACGUAGGACAAUCCAUCAUCUACGAUACGAUCGGUCGCAAAGGCUGGGCGUCUGACCUUCGGGCGCACCGGAUCGGCGAGAUCAUCAACCGGGUCCUCGACGAAGAUUGGGACCCGGCACCUGAAGAUCAGCCGGUAGAGCCUCCCGAAAAGCCCUCUUCUUCUGCUUUGUUCGAACGGGUUUUGCGGAUCACGCUUGGGGAACAGUUGUGGGGUUGGCCUGGGAGGGGGUUGCCGGCAAAGCGAAAGGAGCCUGAACCGGAAAACGAGGGCAAACGCAAGAAGAAGAACCCGAAUGCCGUUCCCAAAGCCGAGGCCGAGACGGAAUGCGUCGACUGCUUCAGGUGGGAAUACGGAGAUGGAAUGAAGAAGGAGCCUCCUACCACGACCAUCGCUACUACGUCUGUCCACACUGCGGCUGUUACAAACCUCGGCGUCUAGAGAUUUUCAGAACCUAUUGCGUUUGCCAGUUGUAUAUACUGUACUUGUUACGAGUUUUUGUAUCAUUUAUAAUCUUCUCAUUCUGCGAUACGCGCGUAGCAUGGCAACAUCCUCGACUAGCAAUCUGUCAAAUGCUCCUACGAACCCCAGAAAGAAUAGAAGAGAUUAUGGCAAGUGGUGGAUAUGUGUUGCAAGCGGGCCCGCUUUUGCCACCAUGGGCGAUGAUCUAGUAUUAUAC